ACGCUCGUAUUGUUUACACUCGGGUGAGAAACUUCUGAUUUCCAGAUGUGUUUUGUGUUCUAUGGAGGACUCGAAUAGUUUGAUCCAUUGAGUAUAUAUAGUCAUUUGAGAUGUCUGCCAACGGGAAGGUAAAGAAACCUGGACUAGCAGGUUCCAGCGGGGAUGGAGAACCGGACUUAGCUGUGUUUGAAAGUCAGCUGAUCACACUUCAGGAACAGCUGGUAGCAGUGAUGAUUGAAAAUCAGGAAUUACAAUCCAAACUACGGGAAUAUGAUGACACAACGUCAAUGCAGAAGCUUCGACUAGAGAUCGACAUUGAAAGGAAGCGUUAUAGAGAAUUGGAGAACAGAUACUCUUCCCUCGUGACGAAAUCAGCCAGAGACCACCAGAUAUAUCGGCAACGUACCGGAAGUGGAACUGAAAACAUUUCUAGACCGGCACUAGAAAUAGCCGAAGAUGCGUCAAAAGUCGCAGAAAAAGAAGAAAUCGAAAACUUUAAUCAGCGAAGGCAAAAGUUCCUGCCUGGUGCCGUGGACAGGAUGUGGACUCGGUUGGUACGAUUUAGUUAUGAGACAAUGGAUGACUUCACAGAGGACAUGCCAGGAGGCAAGGAGGAAGAACAAUCAGAUGGAGACCCCCUCACUGUGAAAACUUUGAAAGAAAACAUCAACAGAUUUGGUAUCGCACUGAAGCCUUACAUAAGUACUGUAAAAGGCGUGAACAACUUGUUGACGUGGAAGUCGCCAUCUUACACAGUACUCGUAUUUCUGAUAUAUAUGUACACCGUUUGGAAAGGCUGGUUUCUCCCUGUUGUCGUCAUCAUGCUCCUUGCCAGACUUUUCAUCACAUAUCUACAGCAUCAUGGCUUCAAAAUAGAGUUUACUUACUUUGAUCCCGGCACAGAAUCUGAAAAGCCUGAAGAGAGUUUGGGGAUAUCGGACAAGUUUAAUCUAGUGUUACAAGUAGCGAGGAAAGUUCAGAAUGGUCUUAAAGGCGCUGCUGAUAGCCUUGAAAAAAUCAAAAGUUUAUUGACUUGGCGACACCAAGCCACACGACAAUUGUUCUUUGGACUGACGUUUGUCUUCAUCAUGUCUUGUUUCGUGCCGUCAAUGCAUCUGUUAAGAUUAGGAGGUCUGAUGUUUGGAGUGAAGGUAUUUAUUAUCAACUACUUCUACAAUAAAUAUCCACGACUACAGCGAAAGUAUGACUCUGCCCACAAGACGUGGAUGUCUCUGCCAACGGAUGUGGAAUAUCAACAGGAAUGUAUGAAGACGGAGUUGAACAAAUACGUGUUUGUUGAAACCAGGGAGGAGUUAGAUGAAUGUAGUACAGAAGUUAUUUCUAACCAAGACAAACAAUUCUGUGAAUUGUUUUCACUCCCUCCGGCAGAGUCCCCUUUAUCAGGCUGGAAAGGUGGUCGACGUUGCACGCUGAUAAAUAAAGAAAAGGCUUUUGCAGCAGGAUUCAAGAAUGGCAAGAUAUAUCUCACGAAAAGUUUUGUCUGUUUUGAAAGAAAAACAUCACCGUCGCCAAAAAAUAUUGUAAUUCCGUUAACAGAUAUUGUCAAGUUCCAAAAGUGUAAGCCAUACGGUUUACUUCCAGGAAAUGGAAUGGCAUUGGAAAUAGUGGUAACAGGAAAUAAGACAUUUGUCUUCGGAGGUAUCCUGAACAGGGAUGAAGCUUAUGACCACAUCGUAGAAAUAGGACUAGAAAAUAUGUUACCGUGGGCCACUGGUGAGACGUUAUCAGUACAGCAAGAGGAUAUAGGGGCAUCGUCAACCACUCUAAGGAAAAGAAACAGUGGGCAAAAGUUCCGGAAUUUCAGUUUGGCGUCAGAAUAUAAUGACUCGGAUUAACGUUGAAAGUGAAAUACAGAGACAUGUACUGUACGUGUUAACGGAUAUUGUUUACUAAAAAGUUUCGUUUUUCAGUAGAUUUGUAUUUUUUUAGUUUCAAUAAUCAACCUGCAAAAAUUGUCUUUACUGUGUUAGUUGUACAUGAAGUGAAGUGUUAGCAUUUCAAAUCAGUACAGAUAAACGUAUCAUUUUGAUAUUGCUAAUCUUGUGUUUUAUAUAUAAUUCGCACUUGUUUUUGUUUACUUUAGAUAUAUGCAUAUUUAGCAUUUUACAUCAGUUUUCUUUUCAUAUAAAUUACCUGAAAAGUGUUUUAGAUUUUUUUAUUUACACAACUUCUGGAAGACUAGAAUGAAAAUAUCUUAACUGUUCCGCAUAUGUGAGAAAUCAUUGAAUUUCCAUUUACAUGACGUCAAAGCAGAGAUGUAGCCUGACUGUGUUUCAUAUUUACGGCGGAAAUUCGUGAUUAAAGCGUAACAAAUUAAGAUUUAAUGGCGACGCGUACAGACAGCAGCAUCGGUUUUAAUAAUCUAGAGAGACUACUGGCAAAUGUAUAGCGCUAUUUCUAUAAAUCUACCUUCAUUUUUAUAUUUACAGAACGUUUUGUCGUAAUAUUUACAAGAAAAUGUCAGAUUUCUUACUUAUUCCUUUCAUCACCGUACAUAUAUCAAUUGGCAGCGAAACGAAGUUCAAUUUAAUUACGAAGAUUGAUAAUGUCAUUGAAACAUAACUUUCAUUUACAUUGUAUGAUACAGGCAAAUUAAACCCAUAACAUAAAUUAUUCUGUUACAUUUGUAUUUUUGGAACCUUUUCAAUAAAAUGCCUUUUUUCUGUU